CGCGCCCCGCCCCGGGGGAGGGCCCGCCCGGGCGCAGCCACCUUAAGGGCCGGGCGGGGCGCGGAGCCGGGUCCGGACCAGGCGGGGUCGGGACCAGGCGGGGUCGGGCCGCACGGGCGCGGGAGCCAUGGCGUCGUCCGGGCCGCCGCCGCCGCUGCUGCUGCUGCUGCUCGUGCUGCUGGCGGGCGCGGCGCGGGCCGGCCUCCACUUCCGCCCGGGCUGCAGCUGCUACCGGCCCCUGCGCGGGGACCAGCGGACCCAGUUGGGGCACAGGACGUACCCCCGGCCUCAUGAGUACCUGUCCCCAUCGGAUCUGCCCAGGAGCUGGGACUGGCGCAACGUGAAUGGGGUCAACUAUGCCAGUGUCACCAGGAACCAGCACAUCCCCCAGUACUGCGGCUCCUGCUGGGCCCACGGCAGCACCAGCGCCAUGGCUGACAGAAUCAACAUCAAGAGGAAGGGGGCCUGGCCCUCCACGCUGCUGUCUGUGCAGCAUGUCAUCGACUGCGGCAACGCCGGCUCCUGCGAGGGGGGCGACGACCUGCCCGUGUGGGCCUACGCCCACCGGCACGGCAUCCCGGAUGAGACCUGCAACAACUACCAGGCCAAGGACCAAGUGUGUGACAAGUUUAACCAGUGUGGAACGUGCACUGAGUUCAAAGAAUGCCACGUCAUCCAGAACUACACCCUCUGGAAGGUUGGCGACUACGGCUCCGUCUCCGGGCGGGAGAAGAUGAUGGCUGAAAUCUACGCCAACGGGCCCAUCAGCUGCGGCAUCAUGGCCACGGAGAAGAUGUCGAACUACACCGGCGGCAUCUACGCCGAGUACAAGGACCAGGCCUACAUCAACCACAUCGUGUCGGUGGCCGGGUGGGGCGUCAGCGGCGGGACGGAGUACUGGAUUGUCCGGAAUUCGUGGGGCGAGCCCUGGGGUGAGCGAGGCUGGAUGAGGAUUGUGACCAGCACCUACAAAGACGGCAGGGGCGCCCACUACAACCUUGCCAUCGAGGAGAACUGCACCUUCGGGGACCCCAUCGUUUGAGGCCGACGUCUCCGGAAGUCUCAUGAGCCCAGGCCCGAGGGGACCCCAAAGUCGUGGGCACGGGCUUGGUGCUGCCCCGGUGAGAGGGAACUGGGGCUGAUGGGCAAGGAUGUGCCAGCUGUAGCAGCUGCGAGCACCCAGGAGGGCAGCUGGCAGGGAGCGGCACGGGCUGAAGGGGGACGAUGGGCACCUGCACAGGACACCCUGCCACCCCGAGCAGAGCGGCCCACGUGCCCGCCGUGCUCCUGCGUCUGGAAUGUAUUUAAGAGAGUUGAGACCCAUCACCAGUUCCUGUCGCCGUGAGGUGGGGGUGGGUGGGGGGAGAUGGCAAUGUCACCUCACACGAGUGAUGAAUAAAACGCACGACUCCACAGCA